GAAACGGCUGCAACUAACUUGCAGUGCUGCAUCGCCACCAGGGAGGACCUAUAAAACAUCCUUGAGUCUCAGUUCCUCGAGUGGACCUGAGAACCUCAUUGACUUUGGACUCCUAAACUGCUCUAGUCAGCCUGCUCCACAAGGCCUUGCCUCCAGUCAGCCAGUGCAGUGCCUCCCUGGCGAGCAGUAACCAGCAUGUACCAGGUGGUUGCAUUCCUGGCAAUGGUUAUGGGAGCCCACACCCUCAGCUUGCGGCUACAGAGGGACGGUACCCACUGGCCCAGCUGCUGUCACGACCACCGCAAAGGACACGACCCCACUGAGGAGUGGCUGAAGUGGAACUCCGUGCCCGCGUCUCCGCCAGAGGCAGCCAGCCUUGCUGACAGCACCAAGGCAAACGCCUGCAGUGCCAGUGAGGACGGGCCCCUCAGCAGCAGGUCCAUCUCCCCCUGGACAUAUGUGUUGGACAGGGACUUGAACCGGCUCCCCCAGGACCUGUACCAAGCCCAGUGCCUGUGCAAACACUGCGUCAGCCUGAGGACGGGCUCCCACAUGGACCCGCAGGGCAACUCGGUGAAGCUCUACCACAACCAGACCGUCUUCUACCGGCAGCCAUGCCCCAGGCAGCACGGUGCGCACAGCGGCUACUGCCUGGAACCCAAGCUCUACCCCGUCUCCAUGGCCUGCGUGUGCGUGCGGCCUCGAGUGGUGGGCUAGUCGAGUCUGCUCGCAGCUGUCCCUGACUGGAACAGAGCUGAGCCCCGACACCCACCUGCUCAACCUUCCAGAGCGCCACCUUGAGCAGCAGGAUCCUGGGGACAGGAAUGGGACUUCCGGGAAUGGCACUUUGCACUUUUCCGAGUGGAUGGGAGAUGCGGGAGGAAGUGAAGGGAGCGAGAGCCUGUGGCGCUGGAAGCUGGGGUCCUGGCUCCUCUCUCAGGACAAGGUCUUCGAAGCUCCGAUCAUCUCUGAGGCCACCACACCUGUCUACCCAUUUCCUCCUGUCCCAGCUGCUCGGCCCAGCACAGACACUUUCUUGAUAUUUCCCCCGUCACCCUCAUUUGAUUGCUCAUUCAUUCAUUCAUUCGUUCAUUCAUUCACCAGUUGCUAGGUGAGCCCUGCUCUGCACACAUCCUGGCAUGGCUGCUUGUCUUUUGAUAUGGGCACCUGAGGAAAAAGCUGUAAUGAACG